AAAAAAAAAAAAAAAAAAGUCCAGAUUUAUACAGCUACGUACCCUUUUUUGCUUCAGAGUCUGAUUAUCUCCAUUGAAGCUGGAUUCUAAGGGGUUUCUGAGUUCGAUCUCCGAUGUUAAGAGGUUUAAUUAAGAAUUACUUGAGAAUUUGAAUCGGUUGCCAUCGUCAUCCUUGUUUGACUCCUGUCCAAUUUUUAGUUUUUCUUUCCAUUAUUUAACUUCAAUUGUGAUUAUCAUGGUCGGACAUUAAACCCAAUACUUGAUGAAAAAAAAAAAGUAUCUUGACUAAUUAAUUACAUUUAAUUAAGAGGAUGGGCUAAUUGCACCAUUAAUUAUAAUUACUCUUUUCCGCACCAAGCCUUUCUCUUUGUAUCACUUCCUUGUUCUGGUAAUUUCGGAGGUUAGGCUAGCUUUUUCCAUGGUGUCAGCAAAAAGUUGAUUUUUUUGUCAUCUUUGUCAUCUUGAGUUGAUAGAAAUGGGCUUCAAAGUUUGUUUCUUUGUCAUCUUGAGUUGUCUUCUUCUAGCUCCAGAGACAACAAUGGCUCAAGAACUGAAGCGUGUAUCGAUCGUUAUUGAAGGAGCUCGUCGAGUCUCUGAGACUGACGAGAACUUUGUCUGUGCGACAUUGGACUGGUGGCCACAUGACAAGUGCAACUAUGAACAAUGUCCUUGGGGCUACUCUUCAGUUAUCAAUAUGGACUUGACCAGACCCCUUCUUUCUAAAGCUGUUCAAGCUUUCAAGCCGUUGAGGAUAAGAAUUGGCGGUUCACUGCAAGAUCAAGUGACUUAUGACGUAGGAAAUCUCAAAACUCCUUGCCGUCCAUUCAGAAAAAUGAACAGCGGUUUGUUCGGAUUCUCUAAAGGAUGCUUGCAUAUGAAGCGAUGGGACGAGCUCCACAGUUUCCUAACCGCAAAUGGAGCUGUAGUGACUUUUGGUUUAAACGCUUUGAGUGGGAGACACAAACUCCGCGGGAAAGCGUGGGGUGGGGCGUGGGAUCACGUAAACACUCAAGAUUUCAUUAACUACACAGUCUCAAAGGGUUACGCUAUUGAUUCUUGGGAAUUUGGAAACGAGCUAAGUGGAAGCGGGGUUGGUGCCAGUGUGAGCGCAGAGCUUUACGGGAAAGACUUGAUUGUACUUAGAGAUGUAAUCAACAGAGUUUAUAAAGACUCUCGGCUAGCCAAGCCUAAACUUGUCGCUCCUGGAGGAUUCUAUGAACGACCAUGGUACUCCAAACUUCUUCAGAUCUCUGGUCCUGGUGUUGUUGACGUUGUGACUCAUCAUAUGUACAAUCUUGGUUCAGGAAAUGAUCCUGCGUUGGUGAAGAAGAUAUUGGAUCCGAGUUUCUUAAGCAAGGUAUCUGAAACAUUCAAGGAUGUGAACCAGACGAUUCAAGAACAUGGACCGUGGGCUUCUCCUUGGGUUGGAGAAUCUGGUGGAGCUUACAAUAGUGGUGGCCGUCAUGUUUCAGAUACAUUCAUAGAUAGCUUCUGGUAUCUAGAUCAGCUUGGAAUGUCGUCGAGACACAACACUAAAGUUUACUGCAGACAGACUCUGGUUGGUGGGUUUUACGGCUUGCUCGAAAAGAACACGUUUGUUCCAAAUCCGGAUUACUAUAGCGCUCUGCUUUGGCAUCGGUUAAUGGGAAUAGGUGUUCUCGCGGUUCACACAGAUGGACCACCACAGCUACGUGUUUACGCACAUUGUUCAAAAGGAAGAGCAGGUGUGACAUUGCUUCUGAUAAAUCUAAGCAAUCAAUCGGAUUUUACGGUUAGUGUCAGCAAUGGCAGAAAGUUGGUUAUGAACGUGGAAUCGAAGAAGAAGAAGAAGUCAUUGUUGGAUACAUUGAAAAAACCAUUUUCUUGGAUUGGAAGCAAAGCUGCUGAUGGAUAUUUAAACCGAGAAGAGUAUCAUCUAACACCAGAAAACCGUGACUUGAGGAGCAAAACAAUGAUCUUGAAUGGUAAACCGUUAAAACCGACUGCAACAGGAGAUAUCCCGAGCCUUGAACCGGUCAUCCGUGGUGUAAACUCUCCUGUUAACGUCUUGCCAUUGUCGAUGGCCUUCAUUGUGUUGCCUAAUUUUGAUGCUUCUGCUUGUUCAUGAAGUUAUUGGAAACAAAAAAAGUAUAAGAAAAAGGGAAAGAUGUAAUUUUAUUGGUAAUUGUAUCUAUUGAUGGUAAUAAAGGUACAAAUUUCUA